AUGUUUCGUAAACGGGAAACGAAGGCUGUUUGUAAAAUGUGGCGACAAAAAUAUCCUACGGUUCAAAAAGCUCGAACACCUCGUCCGACAUUACGCCAAUACUUUUGCAUAUACCGAUUGUUAUACUCAGCCCCUCUUCGCUGGAACUUUCGUUUCCGCGUAACCAUGAAGUAUCCUAAAUGCAGCGAUUUGCUGCUCGGUCUAAACAAAGCUAGGCCGAUUUCCCUAAACCAUUAUCACCAAGGCCGAAGAAGCCGUUUUCCGGAUAAUCCAGUCGAAGAGCUGACUCACAAACUUACCAUUCCAAAUAAAUGA